AUGGACUACAACCUAGUAACGCUGAAGCUGCAGUGCGCUCAGCUAAAGGACAACGAAAACGCCGCUUAGAACGCCAUGACUCUCGGCGGCAUCCUCUUCCAACGCGCCUGGUUACAGGGCAUUAUGGUCUCGGCCCCCGAUGAAAACGACGACAUAGAAGCGCCAUUGCUUCUAGACGACGGCACCGGCAUCUUCGAGCUCUCCCUCUCCUCCGCCGACUUUCGUCUUCAUAUUAUAGCUAUAGGGAUGUAUGUGAUGGUUAUUGGAGGAUACAGUGCAGGUGCAGUUGAGCCUCCAGUGAUCAAGGUUCCCAAGAUUGUUGAUCUUUCAACGAUCCCGGAUCAAGAGGCGAUGUGGUAUCUUGAAAUUAUGGAGGCAUACAAACUGUUUUACAGCCCCCUAAUUGAAGAAGUUGUGUGA